AUAUUGUUUUGUUAAUCUAAUUUUUUUGUAUUGAAAUAUUAAUUUUAUUCGAAAAAACGUUUACCAUUUCUUUUUUUGAAAACUUUUAAUACUUUUAUUGCGAAAUAUAAGUGUAUAUUUAGAAAACUUAUGAAACAAAAUUCAAAAACAAAGAUAAUUGGGAAAAAGGUUAUCUUGGUUCCAUAUAAGAAAAUACAUGUGGAAAAGUACCAUAGAUGGAUGCAAAAUGAAGAAUUAUUGGAAUUAACAGCUUCAGAGCCUUUGACUUUAGAACAGGAAUAUGAAAUGCAAAUUUCUUGGUUUGAAGAUGAAGAUAAAUGCACUUUUAUUGUCUUGGAUAAAUCAAUUUUGGAUCAUACUGGUGAUGAAAUAGCUUCAAUGAUUGGUGAUGUGAAUUUAUAUUUAAAUAAUGAUGGCUGCGACAAAGAAGCAGAAAUAGAAGUUAUGAUAGCUGACAUCAAGCAUCGCUCUAUGGGUAAAGGCAAAGAAUCAUUGUUAUUUAUGCUCAGAUAUGGAAUUGACACUUUAGGAAUAACCAAAUUUGUCACUAAAAUAAAGAUGAAGAAUGAAAAAAGCCUAAAUCUAUUCAAAAACAUUGGUUUCAUUCAGACAGGAGAAAGUAUAUUUUUUCAAGAAAUUGAACUCACUUGCCAUGUCACAAACAAUUGGAAGAAAGGACUAAAUGAACAAACAGAUGCAUAUCAAAUUGAAGAGAUUAAAUAAUUGUGAAAUGAAUUAAGUGAUAGUAAAAAUCUCCUUUCUAGUAUAAUUGACUACUGAAUAUUGAAUGAUAUGUGAUACUAUGUAUAGGAUUUAUGUUGUACCCAAUGAUGUUCUAGUUAUUUUUUUCUUUGUAAUCAGUCCACUUGAUAUUUUUUAGUUCUUUCUUGACAUAUGAUGUUCAUUUAAUGAUGCUGAUGUCUUAUUUGACUGGUUUUUAAUUCUGGCAAGUGUGCCUUUUUAAGUAAGCCAGCGUAACUAUGGGCAAGUGUGCCCUUUUAAGCAAAAGUAUUUUUUAAGACAUAAGUUCAUAUCUUUUUAUAUAUAUGUAUAUACAUGUGACUAACUUAAAGUGUAAAUAAUAGUCAAAUAAAUCAAAAUAAGUGUCAUUGCUUAAUCUUUUUUCUUUUUUUUUUCAUUAGGCAAAUAAUUAAUAUUAUGAAGGUCAAACAUUUGACAACAUAAUAAACAUUGAAAAAAAAUCUCCCUCACAGAUAAAAAUGUUUAAAUGUCACAGAAAUAGUGUAAAAAAAUAUACAAAUAAAGAAAAAAAAAUUUAAAAAACUGUAUUGUGAUUGUUUGAAAAGCAACCUACAUGUUUUUCCUUCCUCUUCAAUCAUUUGUUUUGGAAUUCUCAAUUAUGUAUCAAUAACUAAAGUAAUUUACAUUUUAUGGAAUAAAAUUGUUAUUUUUAA